UGGUUAUUUCCAGCACGCCUUUUUACUCCGUAGACUCGCCUCUUGCCCAGCUGAUAGGCCAGUCCGUCUGCAUGCACCACUACUAGAAGGCGGCUCCACAGUCACCCCCAUUCCGCCCUCACAAUUAACACAGUACCGACCGCAUCCCGGUUACCCAGUGUGUGCUGUUCGUGAGAGGGCGGAGGGAUGUGAGCAACGGUCAGUUGCCCCUAGUGAGAGGAGGAUGGGAUUCAUUUACAAAGCUCCUCCACUGCGGGACGAUGCAAAACACCCGGGUUACCAGGAGCAGAGAUUCUUGCUCCCCUUUAACUUAAAGGAGUUCAUACGGUUGGAUUGUUGGCCGAAAGCUGGCGGCAGUAGUGAACUACCUUUGCCGUGGAACCGUGCCACAAGCCAGGUCCCAGUCGGACUGUGGUGGGCUUCGAGGGAGCCUGGGGGCGGAGCCUGCGGAGGGAGGGGCUCCGGGGCGGGACAAGUUCUGCCCCUCCCGCAGGCUCCGCCUUCCGGCGCGGGUUUAAAAGGUAGGAAGGCAGACACCGCCAACUAGCAGUCCUGAAACAUCGAGGCGAAACCCUCCUGGCAGAGCCAUGAUCCGUCGAGCAGGGGCUUCUCGGCUGCUCGCCGGCUUUCUACUCUUCGCGUUGUUUGCAGCUGGCGUCGCCCCCUUCAGCUGGGAUCUCCCGGAGUCCCGGAGCCGAACCAGCAAGAUCCGAGUGCACCCUCGGGGCAACCUCUGGGCCACAGGUCACUUCAUGGGCAAAAAGAGCCUGGAGUCCCCCAGCAUGUCCCUGCUGGGGACAGCACCCCCCAACUCCCAGAGGGACCAGAGACUGCAGCUGAGUCAUGAUCUUCUCAGGAUCCUCCUGCUAAAGAAAGCUCUAGGCAUGAGCCUCAGUGGCCCAGCACCCCACACCCAGGCGGCUGCUGGAUCAAACAUCGCAGAAGUGAUGCCAAUGAGGGGACUGACAAGACUUCACUUAGAUUGUGUCCAUCCUGGAAAGUUGCUGAAAGCCCUGGCAGUGGCCCCAUCUGGAUGUAAAUCCUAAGUGAAGAUGUGUUCUACCAUUACUGCCAUUUCUGGUUGGGUCACCUGGAAUAUUGCAAAUGCAGACACAAAUUCUUUCCUUCUGUAUUUCUUGCUUCCCCAAAGAAGUUGUGAAUAAAAGUCUUGCUCUUUA